AUGCUGGCCUGGACCCUGCUCGGGUCCUUGUUCUUCGCCGGCAGUGCACAUGCAAAAGCAGUAUUUGCUCACUUCAUGGUAACAAAUGCUGCGAAAUUCUCGGUUGCAGACUGGCAGAAUGAGAUUAGGCUGGCGCAGGAAGCUCAUAUCGAUGCCUUUGCUCUUAAUAUGGCAUAUGGAGACCCUACAAAUUCUGCCUCCGUGGCCAAUGCAUUCAACGCUGCCAAUAGUCUGGGCUUCAAGCUGUUCUUCUCUUUCGAUUAUGCUGGCAAUGGGCCAUGGGCAAAAGAGAAUGUCAUCGCUUAUAUAGACGGAUACCGUUCAGCCCCUUCAUACUACCAAUUCAACGGACGACCCUUUGUAUCGACCUUUGAAGGACCGGCUAGUGCGGCGGACUGGGCGAUAAUCAAACAAUCUACAAACUGUUUCUUUAUCCCAGAUUGGUCCUCGGUAGGUGCUAAAGCAGCACUAGAACUUGGCCAAGCUGAUGGACUCUUCAGCUGGGCAGCCUGGCCUUGGGGCAAUCAGGAUAUGACGACUUAUGACGAUGCUUCAUAUAUCCAAUUUCUGGGUGGAUUGCCAUACAUGAUGCCAGCGUCUCCAUGGUUCUUUACCAAUUUGCCUGGCUACAACAAGAACUGGUUAUGGCGUGGAGAUGACCUAUGGUAUGAUCGUUGGCAGGAGAUUCAAUAUGUUCAACCUGAUUUUGUUGAAAUUAUUUCCUGGAAUGAUUAUGGCGAGUCGCACUACAUUGCUCCCUUGCAUGACAAUGCAUUUGAUGCAUUUGAUAUUGGAAAAGGACCAUACAAUUAUGCUGCAAAUAUGCCACAUGAUGGAUGGCGCCUCUUUCUUCCAUAUGUUAUUGAUACAUACAAAUAUGGUAUUGCAACUGUUACAGAGGAGGGCCUGGUAACAUGGUACCGUCUCUAUCCAUCACUGGAAUGCAAUAGUGGUGGUACAACGGGCAAUACUGCAAACCAGCUGCAGCUCGAGUUCGAACCAACAGAGGUUGUACAGGACAAAGUAUUUUUCUCUGCACUUUUGACAGCCCCCGCUACUGUCUCUGUGAGUAUUGGAGGGGUGGUUCGCACUGCGACCUGGGAAAAUACUCCUGAUGGAGGAGUUGGUAUAUAUCACGGGAGCAUUCCAUUUGCAGGUCACUCUGGGGAGGUUGUGGUAACAAUCUCUAGAUCUGGAACUAUAAUUUCACAGGUAGUUGGCAAAUCUAUAACUACAAAUUGCCCGAAUGGUAUUCAGAAUUGGAAUGCUUGGGUUGGAAGCGCCACUGGGAACCAGGCUGUCUCGGCAACUCCUACACUAAACCUCGACAAACAGCAUUGUAUUGAGGGAACUGGUGCAAAUAACUUUGCGGGUCUUUGCAGCUUUACCUGCACGUAUGGGUACUGUCCAGUUGGAGCGUGUGUAUGCACUGCUAUGGGCGCGCAGAGAGAGUUGCCAGAUGCCACUGGGGUUAAGGGAUAUCCCAUUGAAGGCGAGGAUGCUAGCUAUGGUGGGCUGUGCAGCUUUGCUUGCAAUUACGGGUAUUGCCCCGAAGGUGCUUGUGGCACGGUUCAAGUACCGCUGACCACGCCAACUGUAUCUGAUUUCGCGCCCCCUGCUUGUGUCGCUGGCACAGGGGAGGGCAAUCUUGCUGGCCUUUGCAGCUUCAGCUGCAAUUUUGGAUACUGCCCAAUAAACGCAUGCACGUGUACUGCAACAGGGGCCUUGAAUGUUCCCCCUCCGGCUACUACUUCCGCAGGUCGUGGCGCCGCAGGCAUGGACAGUUCUGUCUAUGAUGGACUCUGCAACUUUGCUUGCAGUCGUGGCUAUUGCCCGGAAGGUGCUUGUUCAAACAAUCCCGGAGGGAGCCAGUCAAGCGACGAAGUGAGAUGCAAAGAUGGAAUACCCUGCCCGUUGAAUGCAUGUUGCUCAAAGGACGGUAAGUUUUAG